CAUACCUCGAUGAUCCAGCGAACGCAACGAUGAGAAUUACUCUUAUCCUCCUCGCCGGCGCCGCCACCGGCAUGGCCGCCAGCCUCAAAAGAACUGUUCUCAAGCAGCACAACCGAGCCCGAGCCCUGCACGGUGCUGCCAAGCUAAAAUGGAGCAACGAGCUCGCCGGCAUUGCGCAGAGCCACACAAACACGUGCGUGUUCUCGCACAAGAUCGAUGGAGACUACGGGCAGAACAUCGGCUGGGCGUCCGCGGCCAGCGGAGGCGACGACGACGCAGUCAAUGAGAUGGCCGACAUGAUUACGGAUGCAUGGUACGGCGAGGUCUCCAAGUUCACCGAGUACGGCGCCUCGACGCCCAACACGGCCCGUCUUGGCGAAUGGGGCCACUUCACGCAAGUCGUCUGGAAUGCCACCACCGAGGUCGGGUGCGCCUACUCGACCUGCAAUGCGGGGGCGGCUCACAUGUUUAUUUGCAAUUACAGUCCUCCCGGAAACGUUGGUGGACAGUAUGCAGUCAACGUCGCCCCGAAAGUCUAG